GCUAGCUCUUCUCUGUUCUCUCCUCCACGACAAGGUCGUCUACCUUGCAGAUAGUACUCCACCUGCAUCGCCGAUAGGCAUGGACGCCAACUCGUCAAGGUCGUCCGGCCCGGCCUCUGCCGGCGACGUUGGCGUUGACCCGAACGCCCCUGCCGAAGGCGACUGGCGCGCCCAGCUCCAGCCCGCGGCGCGCGGCAGGAUCGUCAAUAAGAUAAUGGUAACUCUGAAGAAGCAUCUGCCAGUAUCAGUGCCAGAGGGGUUGAUCGAACUUCAGAAAAUCGCUGUACGAUUCGAAGACAGGAUCUAUAAGGAAGCGACAAACCAGUCUGAUUAUUUGCGGAAGAUCUCUCUGAAAAUGCUCUCCAUGGAGACGAAGACACAGCAGGCUCCGGGAAAUGCUCAAGUGAUUCCAAAUCAAAACAACCCUGCUGGUCAAGAUAAUCAAAAUAGAGCACGGUGGACUGAUGAUCAAACAAAGAUGCUCGUUUCUAUGAUGAAAGAGUAUGCUGAUGUGUCACAAUAUCGUGGUCCAAAUGGAUGGACGAAGGAAGGAUGGAAUUUCAUGGCAGCACACGUCAAUAAAGAGUUCACUAGCUCCAAUCUCACAGUUAAACAAGUAAAAUGUAGAGCGCAAAGGUUAAAGACAGAUUACGCUAUUGUCAAGUCCAUUUUAGAUAGAAGCGGAUUUCGUUGGGACCCUGAGAAGAAAGUACCAAAAUCCAUUGACGAAAAAUGGGAUGAACUGAGCCAAGAACAACGAAAGUGGAGGUUCAAAGAAUUCCCGUACUAUGAUGAUUUGAACAUAAUUUAUGAAGGUAAAGCAAUACAGGGGAAGCGAUGCAAAAGGAUAACUGAUGUGCUUGAAGAAAAGUACAACUCGCUUCAUUUUGUACCAGAGGAAACCUUUACAGAACAAGUUCUAAGGGCUCCUAGACAGAAUUCACCUAGUCAAACAUUAGGUGCUCUACGAUUAGGUGUUGGAGAUUAUAAUCGGGAUACAGAUGAAAAGUACAAACUUCCAGAAGCACAGCCAGUAAAAAAGGCUAAGAUUUCAAAAGGAAGCGAUGAAGACAAGCCUAAGAAAGGCAAGGGUGUAGCUAUCGAUAAUCUUAUUGCUGUCAUAAAGGAAGAAAUUGAAAUUUAUAAGGAUGUGAAGAAAGAGCAAAUAGAAAGUUAUAGAGAUAUCAAAAUGGUGUAGAUGGAAGAAAAUAAUCCUCACAAAGAUGCUUGUUGCAUUGGCAAUUGCAUUUACAAAGUGAAGAAUGUAGGAGACCUCAAAGCAAGAGAAUAACUAAAGAUUAUUGACUAUCUAAAAGAAAAGAGUGUAUCAGAAGAUCUUCAUGAAAGUGGAGCAUGACGUUGUUGUAGAGAUGUACAAGAAAGUGCUUGGUCUUCAUGUCUAAAGAGAAAUCAUGCUAAUGAUAUGAUCGUAUCAAUAUGAAAACUCUUUUAUCUA